UUACAAGGAUUCCAGCAACAAUGAAUAUGACCGACAGCAGACUGUACUUCAAUGCCAUAGUAAUAAUAAUGGAUUUUGGUUUCGCAGAGAAUUUCCUGUUUUCGACAACCAGGAGUAUAUUGACUAAAAUAUUACGAGUACUACCGAUCGCACAUUUAUCACAUACUACAGCAAUCGUUUUUUUAAUACCAUAAAGGAGUUAUUGACGAACAGAGAAUUUACAUCUCGACCCGUCGCUCGAAAUUUGGCGUUAUUGCCUCUAACGAACGGUUAUUCGUGUUCUUAAUUGUUGAGCGACAACCGCAUCUGCAGAUUGUACAACCAUGAUGGAAGCAGCUCAGUCUGUGCUAAUGCUGUUAUUAUUCGUGGUGCACUCACCUACUAACUUUGCUCAACAAGAUGCAACGAUGGACAAUCGUGCAGCCGGGAAAUCUGUAGUGGACGCCGUCAUAAAAUGCCUUGAUCGCGCCAGUAUUUUUCCAGACGACAGGAACAUUCUGCGCCGAAUUGCUUGUGCGGAAACGCAAUAUGGACAAAACGCUAUAACUUUCACCGAGAGCAACUGGGGCGGCAUCUGGCAGGUAACUGCCGCAGACUUCGAGAGGACGCAAAAUACGGGACGAUAUCCUCACCUCGUGCAUUUACACGACAACAUAAAAACUCUAUGGAAUAUACAAUGGAAUAGUCUCGACCGCCGUGACCUGCUGAAACCUUUUUACUCGGGAUUAGUAGCCCGUCUAGUGCUCACACUGACAGAAAUUGCUGAGAACAAGCCGAUCCCGGUACUGAUAUCUGCUCAGGCCGGUUAUUGGCAGGCAUACUACAAUCCACUGGGUUCAUUGCCCGCGUUCCAGACGGCCGCCACAUCGAACGCUUGCGAAUCUCAAUGUCUAGGACGUCUGGACAUCUGUAUUAUGAUGGACUCAUCGGGGAGUAUUGGUUUCCUGAAUUUCUUCCUAGCUCGUGUGUUUCUCAAGGAUCUGCUUGGUUCAUUUGAAGGAGGAUCGGCGCGAGCAGCGUUAGUGGUAUUUUCCAGUACAGUCCACUUGACCUUUCCACUGGACACCAACAUGACGUGGAGCGAGAAACGGCUAGCGGCGCUCGAUACAAAACUCACACCGCACUUACGGGAUAACACACACACGGCCGCUGCUAUUAAAUAUUGUAUCGACAUGUUCAACAGCACGCCCUCCAUUCCUGGAGUACCCAAAAUUAACCUGGUUAUUACCGACGACACAGUGGCAAAUACAGCACCCUUGGCGGCGGCUGUCGGUAUAACAUCUUUUGCUGUCGGUGUGGGUUCGGAAGUGGUACUGUCGGAGCUGCUGCAAAUAACCGACAAUAAUCGAGAUCGUGUACAUUACCUGGAUAAUUUCCAGGAUCUUGCCGAAUUUUUCCGACAACUGAACCGGGAAACGUGCGAAAUACCACAGACUCCGCGAAUUAACGAUACAAUCAGUGAUUCUCUUAUCCGAGCAGAAAGACGAUAUUUUCGGUAUCCCGUGAGAGAAGAAGGUAUCCACAUAAGAAUUUCGACCACUGCCGGUAAAAUAGCUGCUUAUUAUUCCUAUACGGAGACGAACCCCUCGGAUGCGGUAAAUGAUGGGAAAAUCGACGGGAUCACUGUGAUUCCUUAUCAUAAAGCUAGAACUACGUCAGCAUCCAGAUUGGAUUCAGCAGGAAGCAGCAGCGACUUACCAUUAGUGGAAGUUUACAUCACCGUUGUUGGAAUGUCAGAAAAUAACAACUACACCAUACAAGGCACUACGUAUAUGACAAACGCGGUUUCGGUCGCAAAUUAUUUGUGUAAAAUUGUCCUGUUUAUUUAUGGUUGCCUACUGUUGGUGGGAAGUGUUUUAACUUAAAUUAAGAAUGCUGUCGUUAUAAUUAGCCAAACAGUUAUUGCGUAACAUGUGAUGGUGCCCGGUCCUAUAACCUUCACUGCCACCUUUUCGUCGCCGUGAUAGUAAAUAGCUCUAGUAUCUAAAUUCGACAAAAUUAUUCUAGUAUUUUAAGUGUAUUAAUUAUUUGCAGAAAUGCUUUUGUUUAAUUUGUACGUGAGAAGGUGUCCCGCUUAUUCAAAAGUACACCUUUCGUAUUUUUGAAUAAGUGCAUGCACGCUGCUCUUACAACGGUUGUUUUGACGGCAGAAACUGUGGUAAAAUCGGGCGAAAUUUUCAUGUCAGGCCCUCAAUGGCGCAUUUACAUAAGAAAGCCAUCAACAAAAGCGCUAAGGCAUACAAUAAUAAUUUAGCGUUCAAGGUGUUUUUAAGCACAACCGGCAAUACGUGCGCCGCUUCUUCAAGGCCAAGAAACUCAUCGAAUCAGCCAGCGCUUUAUUAUUAUCAACCGAGUUGACUCUACCGCCGCUCACCCGUUCUCCUGCAGCAGAAGGAGCCUUCAUUUUGGAGCUUGUUUUAACCGGUUUCAUCUGUUUUUCGCUGUUUCAGUGCCUCUUUCGCGAUUAACUUGAGA